AUGAACUCGGGCUGGCGAGAAUUCCCCCCGCUGUUCUCGGGCUCUCUCAGUAAAAAACACCAGCGCAUUCACACAGGAGAAAAAGCGUAUUACUGCUCAGACUGUGGGGGGAGUUUUAAUUGGCAGAGUCAUCUCCAACAACACCAGCGCAUUCACACAGGAGAGAAACCGUAUCACUGCUCAGACUGUGGAAAGAGUUUUAAUCAACAGAGUACUCUCAAAAAACACCAGCGCAUGCACACAGGAGAGAAACCGUACCACUGCUCAGACUGUGGAAAGAGUUUUAAUCAACAGAGUACUCUCAAAAUACACCAGCGCAUUCACACUGGAGUAAAACCAUAUUACUGCUCAGACUGUGGGAAGAUUUUUACUACCCAGAGUGCUCUCAAAAUACACCAGCGCAUUCACACAGGAGAGAAACCGUAUCGUUGCUCAGACUGUGGGAAGAGUUUUACUACCCAGAGUAGUCUCAAAAUACACCAGCGCAUUCACACUGGAGUAAAACCAUAUUACUGCUCAGACUGUGGGAAGAUUUUUACUACCCAGAGUGCUCUCAAAAUACACCAGCGCAUUCACACAGGAGAGAAACCGUAUCACUGCUCAGACUGUGGGAAGAGUUUUAAUCAACAGAAUACUCUCAAAAAACACCAGCGCAUUCACACAGGAGAGAAACCCUAUCACUGCUCAGACUGUGGAAAGAGUUUUACUGAACAGAUUAAACUCAAAAUACACCAGCGCAUUCACACAGGAGAGAAACCGUAUCACUGCUUAGACUGUGGGAAGAGUUUUACUAAACAGAUUAAACUCAAAAUACACCAGCGCAUUCACACAGGAGAGAAACCGUAUCACUGCUCGGACUGUGGGAAGAGCUUUAAUCGACUGGAGACUCUCAAACUGCAUCAGCGCAUUCACACAGGAGUAAAACCGUAUUCCUGCUCAGACUGUGGGAAGAGUUUUACUACACAGAGUCAUCUCAAAAAACACCAGCGCAUUCACACAGGAGAGAAACCGCAUCACUGCUCAGUCUGUGGGAAGAGUUUUAAUCAACAGAGUAAUCUCAAAAAACACCAGCGCAUUCACACAGGAGAGAAAACUGUCCCAAAUUUGUUCCACGGCAAUAAAAAGCGCAAAUCGUAAAUCUUUCAGACAGAACACCUUAUCCUACACAAAUGUUUCACUUUGUCACUUGGGAUACGUUCCACCAGAAACAAACAUGAACUGAAUUUAACAAUGGAUUUUACAGGUUCAGCAAAAUGAAUCUGAUCCAGCGAUGAUGUUUAUUGAAUUUAAUGUUAUGUUUUCUUGUAUGUUUGAAUAUUCCAGGACAUUCUUCGUGAGUUUUUAGGUCAGUUUUUAGGGUAGUUACGGUAGGAGUUCAGUUCUGAAGAAGGGAAGGUCGUUUAAGUUCGAGUGAGGGCACUGCCAGUGUUUGCACCAGAUGUUAGAUUAGCAUAAUUUAGUCUUUAAAAUUUAGAUGUUGUUAGGAGUACAGUAGGAUUCUUAGUCUGCAACUAAGCAUUUUGGAUCAAACCUUCAGUGCUUAUGCCUAAAAGGUUUUGAAUGCAUUUAAUCGCUUUUCUAGUAUAUACAGAUUUAAUUAUUUCCAUUAAUUUCCAAUAUUUUUUGGGUGAAGCUACUGUCGCGCUGAGCUUUUUAACUGUCCCUGCGGAGCUCUUUAACUGUUAAAAAGCUCUGCACGACAGUAGGUGAACUCCCAGUUACGCAACAGAGGGGUGUGCAUGCUAAAAUCUAGUGUAUUUAGUAUCUUCUCUGCUUGUUACAUAAUUAUAGCCUAUCUAACGUUCCACUCUUGACCUUGUGGCUGUUUAUGAGUGUUUUCUAGUUUUAACAAUGUCUACCUUUUAGAAAUGAAUACAGGAAUAGUCAACCAUGCUAGAAAUUAAUCAUUCAUUAUUGUGGCACUGUCACUACAUUGCAAAAAUAUUUAAUACAGUAAGGAACCUAAGUUUAUUGUUUGAAAUAAAUGUUCUAUUUGUUUAAAUUGUCUUUUCAUCUUUUUAUCUUCUCACAUAAUUUAAACAAAAUUUAUAGGCCAUUUGAAUUGAUAAAUCAUUCUAGAAUCGAAAAUCGUUUCUGAAUCGAACCUUGACCCCAAAAAUCGGAAUCGAAUCAAAUCGAAACACUGAGAGAUUCAUACCCCUAAUAUUUACUCGUGUGUGUUUCAAUAAAAUUCUUUUAUAUUGCAAGAUCUGCAAUCUCGUGUUUUCUCACUAUAUGGUUGAUAACCUUUCUGUGACCUGGAACCUAUCCAUCCUGAGCCUGUUUUAUGUUAUUAUUUGGUGAAGGGUGUGAUUGGAGAUAACCACACCUGCACACUCUUAUUUUUAAAUGUUUUAUACAUUUAUAUAUACAGUUAUUAUUUUUCUGUUCACUUAAUAAUUUAUUUAAAAACUGCUCUCUUUUGAACUGUCACAAUGACACAAGGCUUUGGAGGUUGUUUGUACGUUUUCAGGAAUCAGGAAGGUCAGAGUGUUUUCAUCAACAGGGAGAGCUGUGAGGAGAACGUGACCCUGAGUGGCAGAUAAGCUUCACUGCUGUUCUGGGACCAGUGCAUAUGAACUAGGAGACAACAAGCUCUCUGAGUGAAGUGCUGGGAACCUCUCCUCAGAUAUCCAGCGCAUGCCUGUUCUACACGCCGUAAAGUCGCACACAGGCCAGAAGAUCUUCCCAUCCACUCUUUUCCUCUGUUUCAUCUUCUCACAGACUUUAGGACACAAAAGGAUUGUUUGGAACACAAGGACUGUCUGCUGUGUUCAUGAAGGACACAGAGCUGAACAACAUCAUGAUAAGAACUUGUUGCUCAGACAGGCUGGAGCUGAUAACAUCAUUGGAACAACAAGCUGUUAACUGGACUGGAUAAAUGUAUAACUGCUUGGAUUAAGUCUGGAGGGCUCCCUCUCUUUCUCUCUCUCUGGGUUGUGAAUGUGUUGAUCUAUCACGAUUUUAUUACACUAUGUGUUCACUCGUUGAUGUACUUUUACUCUUUUCUAAUAUAUAUUUAUAUAUAUAUGUAAUGCUGAAACUAUGCUUUUUCCAGUGAACUUUCAUACAUUUUAAAUUCUAA